AAAAAACUGACAACCAAAAAUUUCAAACACAAAAAAAAUCUAGAGAGAAAGAAUUUCCUAAAACAAUCUUCCUCUGAUUUCAGUCAUUAAUACACCAUCAAGACGAUGAAGAGGAUUGUUGUUAGAAAUCCUUAACCUUUAUAACCCCUUCUCUCUUAUCUCUUCUUCUUCACUGUUGUAGACGAAGGAGAAGAGAAAGAGAGGAGAAGAGCUUUUUACUUCCAUUAAUGGAUAGUAAGAGGUUCUAAAUAGAGAAAUUGAGUCUGGGUUUUGUUUAAUUUAAUUUUAGUCAAGUAAUUUAGUGUAAAGAUUGAAUUUUUUUUGUUGAGAGAUGAUGAGUAAGGAGAGAUUGGAAGAUUGGGAUGAAUUGGAAAGUGAGUUGAAUGGUUUGGAACAAGAUUGGGAGGAUUUAGAUGAUGAUUGUAGUGAGGAUCAGAGUGGAAUUGGAAGAAAGGAGGAAGUGAGUUUAUGUGAUGUUACUGAUUCAAAAGAUUGUGAUGCAAAAAGGGUUUUAGUUGGUGCUGGUGCUAGGAUUUUGUUCUAUCCAACUUUGAUGUAUAAUGUUGUCAGGAAUAAGAUUCAACCUGAUGAGUUUCAUUGGUGGGAUCAAAUUGAUCAGUUUGUAUUGCUAGGUGCUGUGCCCUUCACUACUGAUGUUCCUCGUCUGAAGGAAUUAGGUGUUCAAGGAGUUGUCACUCUGAAUGAGCCUUAUGAGACUCUGGUUCCGUCAUCACUUUAUCAUGAUCACGGUAUUGAUCAUUUGGUGAUUCCGACAAGAGACUACCUUUUUGCUCCAUCUUUCGAAGAUUUAUGCCAAGCUGUAGACUUCAUCCACAAGAAUGUCUCAAGUGGGAAAAAGACCUAUGUUCACUGCAAAGCUGGUAGGGGUCGUAGCACUACUGUUGUUCUCUGCUACCUGGCACAAUACAAGCAGAUGACACCUGUUGCUGCAUUCGAGUAUGUGAGAUCGAUCAGGCAUAGGGUUCUCCUGGCUUCUUCCCAGUGGCAGGCUGUGAAGGACUUCUAUAAUGUAAGAGUUGGGAAAGAUACCAAACCAGGCGGCCACUUCAGCAGCCAAGAUUUGAAACCUGUUGAUUUCCCAGCUGCUAUCGAAAACAUUGAGGGAUCGACAAUUGUUGAUGGCUCAAUCAUGUUGAUAACCGACUCGGAUCUUGAUGGGUAUGACAGCACUUGUGAAAACUUUGAUAGAAUGAACAAUGCCAUGUCAAAACUUUCAAAACCAUGGGUGAGAAAGAAACUUGGAAAGGAGGAUAAGUGCUCUGUAGAGGCUGAUAAGUCAGGAGUUGUUGUUGCAGGCAUCCAAGCCCGUUAGGAGGAUUUUGUCAGUUAUUCAAGAGUAGAGAGAGUAAAUGAGGCGGACAUAAAUGGAUUGUUCGUUAUCAUGUUCUGCAUGCAGUUUUUCUAUCUGCAGCAGGAUUUUAUAUUAUUUUUACCAAUUUUUCAUUGUUGUCUUUGCCGCUGCUGGUGAUGGGGGUGUUGUUGUUGUCCUUGGGUCUAUGCGUGGUACUGUGGGUGGGUAGUCGGAUAUUGCCAAAUCGGUGAUACCGGCUGAGUUGUCUGUGUAUUUGUUUCGAUUCUUUUCUUGUAGAAAAGUAUACUAUUCUUUCUUUCCAUUUUCAAUCAAAAGGAAAGAAAUAAUACUGUUGUAAUCUGAAACAUUACACCCAAGUUAAUAAAGCUGAAAUUUUUUGUGUUUCCA